UAGGCCAGCAGCUGUCAGUGAAGCAACAUGGCCGCCUCCUCCCCCGACAGUGACCUGGGCAGCAUCGACUGUUUCCAGAACUACACGGCGCCGGAGGUGUUUGUGCAGGGCCUGGCCGGCCAGAUCAACCAGCAAGACGUCGAGGCCAUCAUCAGGGCCCAGAAGCAGAUGCUACAGAGGUUUGAAAAGACUAACGAGAUGCUCAGCAACUGCAAUUCUCUGUCAGCUGCAAGAUUUGCUCUUGCACAGAAGGAGUUCAAGAAGCACACCGCUCUCCUGAUUGAUAUGAAGAAGGAUCUCGAUAAUGUCUUCAAGCGUAUUAGAACAAUCAAAACAAAAUUGUCUAACCAAUAUCCAGCUGCAUUUACUGCUGCCCAGGAAGAAGUUUUCAAGGAAGAGGAGGAGGAAAGGGAAUUAAGCAAUAAGAAUCAAGUGCCAGAUACAUCGGAGAGCAAUGACAAGCGACCAUCAGUCUCAGGUGAGAGUGGUCAAAGUGGACAUUCCAGCAAAUCUGAGCGUGUUGAGGAGAUGGAGCAGUCGAGCGACGGAAGUCGUGCAGAUAAUGAGAGAAGGAUGAAAAAAACCGCAAGUAGUUCUUCAGACAGUAGCAGCAGUCCAAAGUUAUCAAGUUCAUCAUCAUUUGAUAAUUGAACUCAGAGCAAUAUAAUUUAUUUAUCAAAAUACUUAUAUUAAACUAAAUAGUUUUAUAAGGCUAUUUUGUACCUGAUCUAGAGUAAUAGUAUAUUACUGUAUCAGUAAUGUCUGUAACCUUAAGUUAAGUUGUGCAUAUAAUAAAAAUUUUCCUCGA